AUGCCUCGUUACGAGCUAGAGUACCCCCAGAACGCGUUGAACUCGGUCAAGCGCCAUAAUGAGCGAGGGGACUAUUCCCUCACCACCAUCCACACCAUAAUCAACAGCUCCCGGAUCCUCCACGUCUCCUUUACAGACCCCUCGUCCCCUUUCCCAAUCACGCUGCCCAUGAUAGGUCGGGUGGGUUCCUUCGCCCGGCCGUCCUCGUCCGUGGCCGACGUGCUGGACCUCUACCUGCACGGCUAUGUCUCGAUGCGUAUGGCCAACGUGGCGCGCUCCCAGGCCAGCGGCAGCGGCAGCGAAGGGCCCGCGGGCGUCCCCGUUUGCGUGUCGGCGGCGCACGUCGACGGCCUCGUCCUCGCCCUGUCGCCCUUCUCGUCCAGCUACAACUACCGUUCGGCCGUGCUGUUUGGGCACGCGACCGUCGUGACCGACGAGGCCGAGAAGCUGUACGCCAUGGAGCUCAUCACCAACGGCGUCGCCUCAGGACGCUGGGAGAACUCUCGCCAGCCGCCGACGGGCGCCGAGAUCCAGAGCACCAGCGUCCUGCGCGUCAAGAUCCAAUCGGGGAGCGCAAAGGUGAGGGCGGGCGAGCCGCACGAGGAAAUAAAGGACGCCAAGAACGAGGAGCUUGUAGGAAGGGUCUGGACUGGUGUUGUGCCUGUUUACGAGACCUUGGGCAACCCCCUCCCGGCGUCUGCAAAUGCCGUCGCCGAGGUACCUGCGUAUCUGGCUGACUAUGUGAGGGAUUCUAACGAGUUCACUUCGGAGAGGGCUCUGCAGGCUGCUGUAGAGCCAGAGAAGAAAGCCAAGAAGUAG